CCAUCCUCCUCCUCCUCCUCCUCCUCCCCGUCUUCCUCCUCACGCCCGGCCCCAGCCAUGCUGCUCCUGGCGGCCGCCUUCGUCGUGGCCUUCGUCCUCCUCCUCUACAUGGUGUCGCCGCUCAUCAGCCCCAAGCCCCUCAAGCUGCCCGGCGCCCACGUCGUGGUAACGGGAGGCUCCAGUGGAAUUGGAAAAUGUAUUGCUAUUGAAUGUUAUAAGCAAGGUGCUUUCAUAACACUGAUUGCAAGAGAUGAGAACAAGCUGUUGCAGACAAAGAAGGAAAUAGAAAAGUACUCCGUUAAUGACAAGCAGGUUGUACUAUGUAUUUCCGUUGAUGUAUCUAAAGAUUAUGAACAGGUGGAGAACGUUCUAAAACAGGCUCAGGAGAAGCUGGGGCCAGUUGACCUGCUUGUAAACUGUGCAGGAACAUCGGUUACAGGAAAAUUUGAGGCUAUUGAAGUGAAUUCUUUUGAAAGACUAAUGGCAGUCAAUUAUCUGGGUAGUGUUUACCCAAGUCGUGCAGUGAUCUCUACCAUGAAGGAGCGACGGAUGGGAAGGAUUGUGUUUGUAUCAUCUCAGGCGGGGCAAUUAGGCCUCUUUGGUUAUACAGCUUACUCUCCAACAAAGUUUGCUCUUCGAGGAUUGGCUGAAGCCCUGCAAAUGGAGGUCAAACCCUAUAAUAUCUACGUAACAGUGGCCUAUCCUCCAGAUACUGACACACCUGGCUUUGCAGAAGAAAGUAAAACAAAGCCUUUAGAGACGAAGCUAAUUUCUGAAACCUCAUCUGUUUGCCAAGCAGAACAAGUCGCCAGAGUUAUAGUCAAAGAUGCCAUACAAGGGAACUUUAACAGCUCAGUUGGUUCCGAUGGUUACAUGCUAUCGAUAUUGACAAGCGGAAUGUCACCAGUCACUUCUAUUACUGAAGGUCUUCAGCAGGUGGUUUGCAUGGGCAUUUUUCGCAUCAUCGGCCUCUUUUACCUAGGAAGUUUUGACAGCAUAGUUCGUCGCUGCAUGAUGCAAAGGGAAAAAUCUGAAAGUGCAGAUAAAACUGAAUAAUCUUAACUUUGAAUUGAAAGAAGAAUGUCAAGCAGUCCUGAACAGCUUGCUGCUCAAGUGGGACUCAGCUUCUCUCUUGAAGGAUUUAGGCUGAAAGCACUUGGAUAUGUGACAGAUGAGUCCCCUCAAAAGCAAUGAAAGAAAACAAAAGUAUAACUCCAGAAAAUGCCAAACUAUGCAAAAGUGUGAAUGAGGAUUAGCUUUUUUUUGGUGAUUUAAGUUGGAGAGACUUUGCGGAAUUUGUAAGUUAUCUGUAAGGUAGAACUUGAGAAUGGACUAUGUGCGGUGAUUCUGGACAAAUGCUUAAGUUUUCUUACUUUGGUGCUUAAGGAAAAAGUAAGUACCAUAGCAGACUGGGCUGAGGUAGAUUGAAGUCCCCUGAACAAGUUGGUACCUCUUGCUAAUGUUUUAGGGACUGUUUUUUAAUUUAGAAUGUUACAUUUUCCUUUGAUGGCCAAUCUACAGAUCCUUCUGUCAAUGACAGCUUUCCUUAUUCUGUUCAACAUGCAAUUGUGGAAACCUUAAGACGGCAGAUACUCGUAUGAUCCAAGCUUUCUCAGUCUGGGAGUAAUUAAAAAGUAUGGUAUAAUACAUGCAUACUUUCUAAAGGGAGAUGAAGAACCCAUUCCCGCAGAGAAAUGCUAGGAGAUGUAACUGGGUCUGUAGCUCUUCUGGAAGUAUGUUGUGAACAACAACAACAAAUGAAACCAGUAUCAAGUGGGAUUGUGACUUUCAGCAUUUUAAGCCAUUGAAAUGGAGUACAACUCUUACAAUUACUUACUUUUUCUUAUCUGCCAGUUUUUGCUUUGAAAAGGAAGGUAGCUUAAUGCUGCUGUUAUGCACAUUAUUUUUCAAAGCUGCAAAUGAUGAGCCAAACCAGUAGUUGAUGGUAGAAUCAAUUGUAAUUAAAAUACCAGGCUCUUAGAGGAGCAGGAAUGAAGCUUUUGGGAUGGGGGGUGGGGAAAGGAAUCAGGAUGGCAUUCCACAAUGAGUUUUAUCACUCAACAGGAGAACUUCUAAUAUGACAAGAAGUGAUUUAAAAUACUCUCCCCUGCCCCUCUUGUAAUUUGUUUGAUUUACAUGAUAUGUGAAUCAAGGCUGCUCCGUAACUGCUUCAGAAUACACAGGACCCAAUGGUUGUUUCUAAUAAAUUUUGUUUAACACUGAAAAAGCUUGAUGCAUAAGAAUGAUGUUUUAAGGGUGCACUAUAUACGCCAUUUAUUUAAUGGACCACUAUAGCAAGUGCCUUGUGAGCUGCUUUUUUUCCCAAAGCUGCAUAUUUUGUAUUUGUUAGCACCACUGUAUUUUAAAUGUCAGUUUUUCCAUUUUCAGUCAGUACUCUGAAUCUAAAAUUACUGUUAAAACUCGGCACUUUCACUUCCUUGAAAGUAGUAUUUAACAGCAAAGUAAGCAAAAUUGAUUGCUUUUAAGAUAUUUUAUAUAUCUAUUUAAGAAGAGGUAUUCAGUUAAGCUGGGAUGAAAAAUAGUAGGUGGUUAACCAGAAAAACUUUGAAAUGUAAUUUAUUAAGGCUAUUUAUUCUCCCUCUGAAUUCUGUUGAUCAUUUUUAAAAGUUUUUGUUAACGUAGGCUAAACUUGUAAUAUCUGGUUUAUGAUCGCAUUUGGGGGAGUCACACUGGCACUCUCAUUUGAAGUGGUUAGACAUUCAUUAGAUUGCAAACGUUGAGGCAUUGCAGAAUUCUUCCCAAAGCCUAUGUUUUCAGUCCUGCCUCUUGAUUUUGUUUAGAUCUGUGAAGUUGUGCGUGCCUAUACUAUGAAAUUAAUUUGAGAGUAUAUUCCUGCGUUUUUCAACAGCUGGGCUUUAGUGCAGAGAAAUCCAGUCUGCAUACAUGUUUUCCGUGCUGCUUAAUGUGAAUGACGCAUAAUGGAGCAUUUAUCAUGCAUCCAUUGUCAACAUUGAUAUGUUUCUUAAAGCAACAUAACAAUAUUGUUUGGUCCUGAUUAUCUACAUUAAUUCUUAUUUUGACGAGAAAUCAAAUACUCCUUUGACCAUCUGCAAGAAGAUACCAAAGUGGGGUGAAUCAGUUACGCAGUAGUUUGAAAGAAAUGCUUAUGCAAACGGGAUUUACAUCAACACAGGCUUGAAGGUCAGGUCUUGAAACCAGUAAGACUUCGGAUACUUGAAUUUUUGGAUCUUCAACUUGGGAUGUUAGUGUUUGCAUUUCAGAAACAAUCCAGAAGGUCAGAGCACACACCCAGUGACAGCCGGGCCUCUUUAAAAUAUUUCAGGUUGGGCCUCUUAAACCACUAGACACUUUUCGGGAAAUGUUGACUGAAGACUCCUCCAAAUAAUGAACAGUAUAACUCAGUACAAGAGUUUGUAAAGGAUGAAUAAAAAAACUGGGUGAAAGUUAAGACCCUGGUCUAUAGACGCUUCAGUUCACACCUGAUUUUGCAUAGUGUAAGUAGUUGUGUUGGCAGUAAAACUGUAGGCUGAACCCCUGCAGCAAUUCUGGAAAUCUGAACCGGGCAGACUUUCAGAAGAAACAAGAAACGAGUGAUCUCUCAAUGUUCUAGUUUCUGUUGUUGCACGUUAGUACAGUUCAUUUCAACUGAUAAACUUCUCAACUGUUGUAUUGUCACGGUGUAGUAAAUUGUCUACUGCAGCAAUCUUUGGUGUAAAAUUUUCUUAUGUACACUCUACUCAUUCUUUUCUUACACACCAUCAUACUCAUUUUAGGGUCCAAUAUUAUGUGAAGGAGAUGCCAUGUAAUCUUGUGGAAUAAUGUUUAGCAGUCAAAAAAACUAUCUUGCCAGUUCAAAUGUUAAACAAACCUCUGCAUCGAAACAUUUUAGCAGUGUAUUAAAUCCAUGAAGAACUUCAAAUAGCCACUACUACCUGUUGUCAAACUGUCAGUAAUUUAAUCACUUGUGCCAUAUCAGUCGGUGUCUUGUCUCUUGUUUUCUUGGUCAGUCUUUAAGAUUCAAUUUAGACCUCAAUAGUCUCUUCCAUUCCGUGUAGUUUUUAAUGACUGUCUGCUUUAAAUACAGAUUCAUUGUAACUUUACGUAUCGUUUACUUUACCGAGAUGUCCAUGUGCAAUUUAAAUAGAUUUAAUAUUUUACUAAGACAAAAGAUAUAGGUGAAUAAACUUUAUUUGCUGUGAAAAGCUCUAGGCACUUUUAAAUGGUAAAAAUAUAUAGUACUAUUUGUAAAAAGAAACUUUGUGCUUAUUGCUUCAUCACUUUUGUGCCGGAACUGUAAACUAGUUUUCAUAUUUUAUAUUUCUCAAAAUAAAUGGAGGAUCAACAAUG